AUGCCUCAGCCUCCCUUUGCCCCAGCAGUGGGCUCUCCUGCCAACGAUGGCUUCAUCUUAGAGGACUCUCCUGCGCAAAGCAGUGCCGCAUCUUUUAGUGGGAAAUCGUCUCACAGUACUAAAAGCGCAUUCCUCGAGGAAAUCAAAUACGAGAUUAUGGUCAGUCAUCUUUAUCAACAACAAUGCUCACAUCUCUGGGUCAGCGAUGGAAGCGGAGAACGCGAAGGAGUCUUGCUCAGAAAGUCGAGAGGCCAAUAUUUGGCGUGUCCACAAACGCUGCUCGAUUCCCACUUUGCAGAAGCCUGCAGAUUACUCAACGUACAGGCCGCCAUGACCGUCAAUUCAAGAGUCAUCAAGACAUUUUUUGCUUGGGCACCAGAUGCUACUGAUGUCCCGUUAAUGAAUGGCCUUCGAGUACAGAUUCUACCCACCAUCCACGAUUUGCCUCGUGCUCGAAAAUAUCAGUUUGCGGCAUAUGUUGCCGCAGAGUCCCUCCUCGUGGUAUGGGACGACGAUCCGUCCAAUGUCAUCAAACGGGCAACCACCAUUGAAUCACAGCUUAUGGAACUUGUCUGGCGCACUGGUGGGGCUGGAGAGGAUGAGGUUGGAACUCAUGAGAAGCACGGCGGUGUGGAUGCCUUCAUGGAUUCCGAGUCCGGGGAAGCCAUUCCAGACCACCGAGCCACAAAUUUAAUGAACACCAUCCUCGUCGCCUUCACCUUGGUCAUUGUUGUCGUUCUCCUUGGCCUCGCAUGCCGCUCGUUGGCGAUCGAGAUUGCCGUCGACCAUUCGUACCUUCGCCUUGCUUUUCUCUCCUUGGUCCCUGUUCAAAUCUUUUUCACACUGUUCUUUGCGCAAGUCAUAGUCGGCUGCGUGGCUCAAUGCAUCGGCCCUGUCCGUCAAAUGCAACUCAAUUCGAAAUAUUUCUCGGCCAAGCGUUCUCCGCGACUUCGCACAGAGUCCCUUCCACACAUUACAGUCCAGUGUCCCGUGUACAAAGAAGGCCUCUCCUCCGUGAUUGCACCAACCGUCAAGUCCAUCAAGCAAGCCAUCUCCACCUACGAACUCCAAGGCGGCACUGCAAACAUGCUUAUCAACGACGACGGCCUUCAGCUCAUUCCCGAUGAUGAACGAUUUUCUCGGAUGGAAUUCUAUCAGGACCACAAUAUAGGCUGGACCGCACGACCCAAGCACGGCAGCGAAGGCUUCGUGCGCAAGGGCAAGUUCAAAAAGGCAAGCAACAUGAAUUAUGGCCUCAUGCUUUCAUGCAAAGUCGAAGAAAAGCUCAUGGGUUAUCCACGUCCAAGCACUUGGACCUCGAAUGAUGAGAACCAUGCAUAUGACGAGAGUCUGGCACAGGUACUCGCCGAGACUCCCCGCGCAUGGGCGGAUGGCAACAUCCGAAUUGGCGACUACAUUCUCCUGAUUGACAGCGACACGCGUGUCCCCGUAGACUGUCUCCUCGACGCAGUUAGUGAGAUGGAACAAUCUCCCAAUGUUGGCAUCAUGCAAUUCGCUUCGGGUGUCAUGCAAGUGGUGCACACUUUUUUCGAGAAUGGCAUCACGUUCUUCACCAACCUGAUUUACACAGCGAUCGAAUAUACGGUCGCCAACGGGGACGUUGCGCCGUUUGUUGGCCACAACGCCAUCCUUCGCUGGAGCGCGAUCCAGCAAGUUAGCUAUACCGAUGAAGACGGCUAUGAGAAGUUUUGGUCGGAGUCGCACGUGUCCGAGGACUUCGACAUGUCCCUUCGUCUUCAGUGCGACGGUUACAUCAUCCGUCUCGCAUCUUGGGCACAUGGUGGAUUCAAAGAGGGUGUGAGCCUGACAGUGUACGACGAGCUCGCACGUUGGGAAAAGUACGCAUAUGGAUGUAAUGAGUUACUCUUCCACCCCCUUCGACAAUGGGUGUACCGGGGUCCGUUUACAGAGCUGUUCCGUCGCUUUUUGUUCAGCAACAUUCGCUUCACCAGCAAAAUCACCAUCAUAAGCUACAUCGGGACGUAUUAUGCCAUUGGGGCAGCGUGGAUCAUGACGUUGGCGAACUAUUUUGCCAUUGGCUGGUUCAACGGUUACCUGGACAAGUACUACAUCGACAGUUGGAAGGUGUGGUUUAGCAUUGUGAUUGUGUUCAAUGGACUGGGCAACAUCGCGUUGGCCAUCAUGCGAUAUCGCAUUGGUCAGGCAAGUUUCCUCGGAGCACUCAUGGAGAACUUCAAGUGGAUCGUGAUGUUGAGUGUCUUUCUGGGCGGACUCAGUCUCCAUGUGAGCCAGGCGUUGCUCGCACACAUGUUUGAGGUGGACAUGACGUGGGGUGCUACGAGUAAAGAGGCCGAGUUCAGCAAUUUCUUCAUCGAGGUGCCAAAGGUGGUGAGAAAGUUCAAGUUCAGCAUGACCUUUGCGAUUGUGUCCAUCAUUGGCAUGAUCUGGUUGGCUCGCAAUCCAGGGGGUUUGUUGCCGUAUGAUUGGGUCAUUGGGGACUUCAUUGCAAUCCUGCCUAUGAGUUCGGUUGCUGCGAGUCAUUUGCUGUUGCCGAUUGUCUUGAAUCCGGCUUUGAUGACGUUUUCGUGGUGA